AUGAAUAUAUCAACGUUUGUGUUCUUGGAUAUUAAUACAGUUGGAUACAGUGCUAAAGCGAAGAGUGCUCCUAAAAUUACUGAGCUAACAUUGAUAGCAGUGUCUCGUAUGGAUAUUGUAAAAGCUGAAAAUGGGAUUUUACCGCCAUUUGGGAAACUGUCGCUAUUGAUCAACCCACAAAAGGACAUACCAAGUCAAAUAGCGAAAUCAUCAGGAUUAUCGAACGAGUAUUUAAUGAAUCAACCAAUUUUUAAAGACAAAGUGAACACAAUCAAUUCAUUCCUUGAGCUUCCUAAGCCGGUGUGUCUCGUCGCUCGUAAAGGAAACAAAUUCGAUUAUAAAGUAUUAAGGUCAGAGUAUAUUGAAGCGAAUGCUCAGCUGCCAGAUGAUCUAUUUUGUGUCGAUCCUAACAGCUUGCUUAUUGAAGAAAGGAAACGUAAGGUUGAAGAUACAACAGCUCCAUCUAGCGCAAACAAUUCAAUACUGGAGAAUCAAGGGUUAAACGCCUCAGGGGCCCAGCUUGCUGGUCCGUCAGCCCCUGGUAAUGAAAACCAACGAGAUCCAAGUGACAUCGACGAAAUCAACGAAGCCCUUGCUAAUAUGACGACGAACACAACUCCCAGGAGAGAGAGGUACACAAUACAGAAGAUAUACAGAACUGUUAUGAACCAAGAGCCAUCUAGAUCUCCAAGGACUGAUGUUACAGACAUGAUGCUGCUGGAAUGCAUCAUCGCUAUCAAACACACAUUCCUUCCAUGGGCAGACAACAAUAAAAGACUUAUUUACAACAUUGAACCGUUUUAA